UUCAAACCCCCCCUCCCCCCACGAAAAGAAAGAGACAAUAAUGUCGGAUUCUCGAUCACGGUCCCCGUCUCGAGAUUCCCCACCUUCAAGACGACGAGGUCGUUCACCCGACGACGCGACUUCAUCUAGGAGAUGGAGAGUCGACCGACCAUCGAAGAGAAAACGUGAUCGAAGUCCCAGUCGGAGCCGAAGUCGAAGUCGAAGUCCACCACGGCCUGCUCGUCGAGAGCGGGACCGAAAAAGAGACGGAAGUCGUGGAAAUGAGCGUGACCGGCCACGCAAACAUUGGUCGCGAAGCGCAGAUCGACAUUUGACGACAAAGACGCGCAGGUCGAGAAGUAGAGGAAGUCCUCCAUAUAGAGACGACAGGAGAAGAGAGCGAUUGAGAGAUACCGAUCGGGACAGAGAAAGUGAUGACUAUGAAGAGAGACGACACCGAUCUAGUCGAAGACACCACCACCACCACCAUCAUCGUCGACGACGAUCACGAUCAAACUCACACACCCCUCCACCCCAUCAUUCCACCGAUCCAUCCUCCCCAGCCCGCAAAGUCGAGAAAUUCCAACGCUCACAAGGGCCCCUCCCAUCUCAAAAGGACGCAUUCAAAGAUACGUCGACACCCUCCCGCACCAAACCCGGCGAGGGAGGAGACACACCCAAACAAAAAGCCAAUUUCAAACCAUCCGGCCUCCUCGCCGCCGCGGCCAACAGCGUCAAAACCCGUGGCGGACAGGCCGUCGUGUUGAAAUACCACGAACCGUCUAACGCGCGUAAACCGCCUGCGUCACAGACAUGGCGGAUGUAUGUGUUCAAAGAAGGCGAUAUUGUCGAUACGAUUGAUCUGUUUGAGCAGUCGUGUUGGUUGUUUGGGAGGGAUGAAUCAGUUGUUGAUCAUGUGUUGCAACAUCCGAGUUGUUCAAAACAGCAUGCGGUGGUGCAGUUUCGGUUCGUGGAUAAGACGAACGAAUUUGGUGAUCGAAUUGGUGCGGUCAAGCCGUAUCUCAUCGAUUUGGAGAGUGGGAAUGGGACGAAACUUAAUCAUGAUGCUAUUCCAAAUGGCAGAUAUGUCGAGUUGCGCGAUGCCGAUGUUAUUACCUUUGGGUUUUCGGAGAGGGAGUAUGUCGUUCAACUACCUCCUGCGCAAAGGUCGGGUCAAAGUGCUGCUUGACUUGUUUGUCAAAAUCAAACCGGUUGUGCAGGUUCAUUCAUCCAUGUCGAUGAACCUUGAAUUGCCUUCAAAGCGGGAAAAAGAUAAGCCAGAAAGCCACUACUACUUGCAUCGAACAAGACUAAAGGGACAUGAAAUUCAGAAGCCUAUCGGCUUUCACGCACUAUACUUCUUGUCAUAGUCUCGCCUACAUUGGAAACUAGCUUCUCCUUC